AGUAUCUGAUUCUUGCUACGAUUCCUCGAAUUGCUGGCUUACUCCAACGUCUACAACUGUACAAGAGGCAUCCAACGCAUCUGAAUACUGCAAAUCUAGUGAACAUAAUCUCACAGGAAAGGCUUUAAUUUUAAGAAAACGUGAUCUUCAAGUUAUGCAAUUGAAAAGUGAAAAACCUUGCGUUCUAA